AUGGCACUAUCGGGCCACUCGGGUGAAGCCCAAGAUGAGAACCUACUAGCUGCUGCGGUGAUUCUUCGUUUUUAUGAAGAAGUGGACAUGCCAUCAAUAGGUGAAGGCACAGAGAGCGCACUAAGGGGAAUCCAAAUAUUUCUCGAUGCCCAAGCCCCAUCUGCAGUAGCGGGUUUCGGCCUUCGGCAUGCAGCCUAUUGGAUUGCACUUAGACAAGAAAUCAUCACAGCAUUCAGUAAACAGCGCCCAUUCCGGCUACCAUUAGGGCCGUGUGAGCCAUAUCGCUCUUUUGAACCUGCAGACGAUUACGUCUGGGCCGAUCGCCUCGUAAUCCAUUGCGCCGAUGUAUUGCAAUACUGCUUUGGAUCCGAGGAAGAAGGGACGCCUCAAGAUCAACACCAAUCCUCCAGCACCGGGGUCCUGCACCCCACCCCGGUAACCGACAUGCGCAUAGCACGCUACGAUGAACUUGUCUUGUUUGAAACCCUCUGGACAGAACUUGGUCCGCCGAGUUUCAAACCCAUCUACACGCACGAACCGGAUCGCUCCCUUGGAGAAGUCUUUCCGGAGUUAUGGUAUUUGAAUAAUUGCCACGUCGCAGGGCUGCAAUUUUUCGAGCUGGCCCGUAUUCUCCUCGUUGUUUAUAACCCCAAACUACCACGUCUCGGACCUAGCCAGCGUACUGCGAUGCGGUCGGUGGAUCGAAAAGUGCGGUCAAUGGUGUUGCGACUUUGUGGGAUGGCGCUCUCUAAUCAGCAUAGUCCUCCGGGUCUGGUGACUGCUUCGGUUGCGAUUGGAAUGUGCGGUGAUCGUUUCACCGAUCGUCUCGAGCAAGAAGCGCUUCUGGGUAUUUUGACGAAGCUUAAGGAUGAACAUGCGUAUCCCACGACGAGUAUGCAGGAAUUGCUGAAAGGGGCUUGGGGAUGGGAUGGGUACGAUGGGUUAGAAUAG